AUGUCAAGUCUAAAAGAUAAAGACUAUCCUUCUCUAAAAAGGAAGGGUACCUCCAUUGGUUCCGGUAGUUACAAACCAGUCAAUACAUUGGGUACUGCCACGGAUCGACCCAAUUCGAAUAACGGGCCUGAAGAAACAUUUUUAUCAAACAUCACCAUGAAGGAGAGUUACGCGGCUGUGAAUGACCCAAGCUUGUCAUUGGAACGCGCAAAAGAGCGUCGACAUAGACUAAACGGAUUGGCCGAGAUACUAAAAACCAACAGCUCACCAACUGUUUCACUGGACGUGACAGAAUUUCAAAUAAGGGAUUGCUUUGGCAAUGCAGUCACUAUUCCAGCAAAAGAUUUGCGAGACGAGCCAGCUGUAUCAAUCAAUUUAAAGUCAUUUCAUAAAGUUGGAGGCGCAUAUUACAGGAGCACGAUGCACCGACUGCAUUCACUACAGAUAUCAAGGAGCGGAGAGUACAUUUGCAUUUUUGAACGUGACUCACCAAAAUCAGAUUUCCUCAUCAACAUAGACACUCAAUUAAAAUCUCUAUCGUUUGCACCCGAGGCUUUUGUGAUGGAACUAGAUGAAGGGCAUGAGACCAUUAUUGCAUCACAUUAUGGGAGAGAUAAGGAGGUACGAGAGUAUUUCCAGAACAAUCCAACAAAUAAAGUUGACCCCAGCAAAACAUUAUCAGGGAAUGCAUUACAGCGACUCGAGAAGACAGUACAGCUAGAGAAUGAUAAUGAUUUCGACUUUACUGGUAGGAAAGUUUCUCGAAAUCGUCCUUCCAGAGUACGAACUCGACUUGAAUCCAAGGCGUUUUGGUCUCUGGUUGCUGAAGAAAAUAAGGAGGAUCCCUUGGAUAUAGUGAAAGCCACUGAUGAUCCAGCUAUUGAAAGCAUUUUUGUUGAAGAUGAUUAUGUUCCAUACGAGAAACCAGCACCAUUUGAUCCUGACUUGCAGUAUACUUUUCCUGAUAACAAAAUAUUUCGAAUCACCGCUAAGGAUUUUGCCACAUUAUACAACAACGAUUGGAUCAACGAUGCCGUGAUGGACUUUUGCAUACGCUUCGACAUAGAGGAGGCAAUUACGCAAGGAUUCGUUAAGCGAGAGGACGUUUAUGCCUUUAAUUCAUUUUUCUACACCAAAUUAAUGUCUGGUAAAACAGGGGAUUACUACGAUAGAGUAAAACGAUGGGUACAAAAAAUAGAUUUAAUGUCCUUUUCCCAUAUUAUAAUGCCCAUUAAUGAAAAACACCAUUGGUAUUGUUGCAUCAUCCGAGGGUUACCAACUUUGCUAGAAAUGAUCAAACUGGAAGGAGAAAAGCCCGACACAGAACGACAAGAUUCUGAAGAAAAGUUUAAAAAAUGGGGAGUUGAUAUAUUUGUGUUUGAUUCGUUGGGUCUACGAAGAGAUAACGUCAAGAAACCUCUAAAGGCGUUUUUGAUUGAUUACUGCAAAGACAAAUACAAUUACGAUGUAAAUACCGACCAAAUUAGGGUUACUGCUGCUAGAGUUCCACGACAAAACAAUUACAAUGAUUGUGGUUUACAUGUGAUUUAUAAUGUGAAAAAAUGGCUUUUAAAUAUAGAGGCAUGUGAAUCGUUUUGGAGAAAAGGCCAAAGAGCAGCUAUGAGAACCAUUUUUCUAGCUGAUGAGCGAAACAAGAUGAGGAGGUACUGGAUUGACACUUUGUUGAAGUUACAUAGUGAGCAAAUACCAGCAAAUGGAAACACAUCUGGUGCCAAUAUCGAGGAAGAAGAUGACGACGAUAUUGUGGAAAUAGUGGACACAAAAACAAUUGUGCAACCAAGUCUCCCGCUGCUGGAUUCAGUAACUAAGAAGCAAUCAAAUAUUGUUUUUAAGAAUAUUGUUUUAAAUCAGGAGUUUUGUAAUGAAAGUAUUCCCAGAUUUGUUAUUGAUACUUUAAAUAAGAUUUUCCCGAGGAGUUUGCAUAUACCGGAUGACGUGAAAAAACUCGUUGCAACUUUUAUUAAGGAUGCACAGAAUGAGGUUUCAACAGAACAAGAGCUUAAAGAGACAUUUAUUAGGAAUUAUGAAGUCAUCAAGAAAGAAACUGAAAAUCAAAAUAGACCCAAAAAUAAGACUCUUAGAAUUGAUGAUGCAAUUUCGAACCUAAGAAUUGAUCCAGGUGUAUUUUUUGCCCCAAAUGGAAAUGGGAGUCAUAGAUCCUUGAAUGAAGAGACUAGCGGAAUAAGACAGGAUCAUUUACUUGAGGAGAUUGAUAUCCGUCCAAUAAUCAAGGCGAUGCGAACACCACCAAAGUCUGACCGAGCUAAACAGGACGAGCAAGAAGGUGAUUCUACUGAAUCUGAUGAUUCAUCAUUGUCCAAAAACAAUGAGAACAACAAUUCUGAACCAGAUACGGCGUCAAAACACUCCACUUCUGGCAAACAUCUCCAAGUAGAUGUGAUUGAUUUAGAAGAGGACCGAAAUUCUCGUCAUCGCGCCACAAGAUCUCGUCAACGGGCUAAGCAGAAUAUUAUGAAUCUAACGAUUUUUGACAAUAUUGGUAGAAAACGAAGAAAGCAUGAGUGA